UCCUGCCCUGGGCCCAUUCCGGGUUUUCCCCCCUGUCCUGCCAGCCAUGACCACAAGAAUGGCACAGAUGCUGAAGUAAAAGUGCUUAAGCUCCCCUCUUUGUGCCCAGGGCUCAGACCCUGGGAGAACGGUCACCCUCCUCUGUGCCCGCUGGUGUUAAGUUAACUCCAAUCCACAAGGUCUCCCAGGGCUGCACAGUUCCUCAGCCAGGAUCCAGCCCGGUCCUAGAACAAUUUCCAGAUGCACAAGCUCUGUUGGUGGCCUUAAGGGCAUUUUCUCCUGAUGCUGCUGUGAUUUCUCCACAGAUACCUUGUGUUAAAGAAAUCCAGAGGACGAAAGGAAAGGAGAAAUGGCCAGUUCUCAGGGACAGCUGGCCUUCAGGGAUGUGGCCAUAGAACUCUCUCAGGAGAAGUCGGGAUGCCUGACCCACACUCAGCGGCAACUGUACAGGGAUGUGAUGUUGGAGAACUACGGACACCUCUGCUUCUUGGGUUUCACUGUGUCAAAGCCAGACCUGAUCACUUUUUUGGAGCAAGAGAAGCAGCUCUGGGAUGUGAAGAGAAAGGAGACCACAGGCUUCCAUCCAGUAGCUGAGUACAUUAUGCCGGCCCCAUUCUUGUUGGGACUGCUGGGAAUCCCACACUGCUUUUCUAGGAGCUCUUCACAAAGUGAACCAUAUCUUCACAUGACACUCAGAACUUCUGCAAAAGCUGAGCAUAGAUGCUUCUUUCCAAAAAUUGACUAUGAGUAGAUACAAAAAUUGUACUCUUGAAAAUGUAUACUUAAUGACAGACCAGGACGGUGGUAGGGAGAGGGAAGGGCAUCAAAUAUACCGUGAAGGACAUGGCCCAUCUGAGGCAACGGUGUCUAAUAAGUCUCAAAAUGACUGAAAUAGUGAAGGAUAUAAAACAUCAUGGAAAACCUCCCUUUUUAAGUCAGCUGCUUCCACAAAGCAGUGUGUUUCUGUCAGCAAAAGCUCCAUUCAAGUAUUCAAACAUAGCUCUUUGCAGAAAGACAGUUUGGACAAUCUGGAAAGUUAUCUAGUCCAUGCUGAAAAUAAUGAUUGGAAACAUUUUCAAAACGGGAUUGGAUUGAUCCCAUCAGAUACUUCUGAAAAUCAGAGAUUGAAUAAUGAAAAACAAAGUACUAAGCAAGAUCCAUAUGAGAGGGGCUUCACUGAGGAGUUGACCUUCCAGAAUGACCAGUGCCCUUCCAAUGGAGACAGCAUUAGCAUUGCUCAGUACCCUGAAUCUGAGAAAACACUUAACCAGGGCUGCAGUGUUCAGAGAUGUGUGAGGACUCAGUUUUCAGAGAACCAGUAUGAAUGUUAGAAAGGUGGUGAAGUCUUUCAUCAGAGGUCUAACCUUAUUACACGUGAGAGUAUCCUUUUGGGAGAAAAUCCUGAUGAAUCCAGUCAGUGUGAGAAUGGUCCUCAGCAGUCCUCCAAUAUUGGUGAUCAUCAGAGAAUUCACGAGGCCAAAAACCCAUUCAGAUAUGCUAAACGUGGUCCCACAUUUAGUCAAUCAAGACUAAGAAGAAAGAAGACUAUCCCUAGUGGAAAGAAAACACCCAUUUUUAAGGGAUGUGGUAAAGUCUUUGGCACUCAACCCGAUCUCAGCAUCAGCAAAUGAAUACUGAACUGAAAUCAUACAAAUGUGAAGAAUGUGGUAAAACCUUUAAGUACUGCUCAUCUCUAAGGAAACAUAGGCAAAUCCAUACUGGAAUGAAACUCUACAAAUGUAAAGAAUGUGGCAAAGUUUUUAAAAUUCGCUCAACACUCAACAUCACAGAAUUCAUACUGGAUAAAAACCUUACAAAUGUAAGGAAUGUGGUAAGUCCUUUAACCAGCAGGCACACCUUACUCGACAUUGCAAAGUUCAUACUGGAGAGAAGCCUUACAAAUGUCAAGAAUGUGGCAAGGCCUUUAAGGAGCACUCACGCCUUGAUCAACAUCACAGAAUUCAUCCUGGAGAGAAACCUUACAGAUGUCAAGAAUGUGACAAGGCCUUUAAGUGUUAUGCAACCCUUAGUAAUCAUUUCAGAUUUAAUACUGGAGAGAAACCUUACAAAUGUAAGGAAUGUGGCAAGGCCUUUAAACAGUGCUCACACCUUGCUCAACAUCACAGAGUUCAUAUUGGAGAGAGACCUUACAAAUGUCAAGAAUGUGACAAGACCUUUCAGCAGAGCUCAUUGUUUACUGCACAUCACAGAAAUCAUACUGGAGAAAAACCUUACAAAUGUAAGGAAUAUGGCAAGGGCUUUUCAUUGCACUCAGACCUUCUUAAGCAUCACAGAACUCAUACUGGAGAAAAACCUUACAAAUGCAAAGAAUGUGGCAAGGCCUUUUACUAGAGCUCACACCUUAGCAAACAUCAUAGAAGUCAUACUGGCAAGAAACUUUAAAAAUGUAAAGACUAGGAGUAAGGACUGUAAAACCCUUACAUCACAGACCUUGCAUCUGAUAUAACUGGAGAAUAACUAUACACAUCUAAAGAAGUCCACCCUCUCUCUCCCUGAAACUCACAACAUUUUAGUUACCAUAUGGGAGCAACAUGGUAAAAUGUGAUGAAUGUGGUGAGACCUUUAACUGGAAUUCAGUCUAUACUUAGUGUCUCAAAAUGCACACUAGAUUCAAACCCUAGAAAGAUGAUGAUUGUGGAAAGACCCUCAUUUUAAUUUACAUGUUCGCAAACACAGAAAGUGCUAAAGAAGGUAAAUUGAAUCCUACAAAUAAUUAGAAAACUCUCUGAUUGAACAUCUAAUGUUAAUAAAUGUCACAGAUAUCACAUAAAAGGCGUGUACCAGUCCCUCUAUUCAGACAGUACUCGUUAGUCCAAGGAAAAAGAUCAAGUUAAACACUUGGAAAAUGCAUAUGCUGUUACAUUGGAAAGAUGCAGUGGGGGAGUUUUUACAAGGGUACAAUUAGUUUCGAUGUGUUUUUUGCUAUAUUGAGCCUUUUUGAGGUUUUUGACCAACAAAUAUUAAAAUCACUUCUGGAGAUUGACUUA